AUGGUAUCUGCUCAAGCAAUUGUGAUGGAAGCUACAACUCCACAGGUAUUAGUGACGUCAACCUUUUUGGAGAUGUUUACUUCAUUCUUGAAGAUGAGUAGUCAAGCUGGUAUUAUAAUAGCGACCAUGGAAGAAAUGGAUGAAAUGAAGACGACACUGUCCACCCAACAACUGAGGACCUUAGAUGAAUCUAUUCAACUCGAGCUAUCAACAACACUGCAAAAUCGUUUGAAAACUUUGAAAAUAUUGCUACAAUCUAAUUCUGUUUCUGUUAAUAUUACUGGAAGGAAUGAUAUUGAUAUGACCAUUAGAAAUGUGAAAAAGAGCUUGCAUUACUAUAAUGGUUUGUUAGACAGUUUAAUGGUUGCUGACAUACAGCUUCAGUUAAUGAGUUUAAAAAUAAUAUUAUUAACUGAUGCUACGGAAUGCGUGUAUUCCUUAUUUAUGCUUGCCGUCCCAGCCAUAGUCGUGGAGUUAGCUACGUCAGAAGUGGAUGAAAUUAAGAAAAUACUCACAAUUCAGUUACUAAAAGCCUCAGAUGAGUCUCUUCAAUUCGAACUGGAGACAGCGUUGCAGUACGUGAGCCUGCGUCCGUUUCAAUAUACAAUAUGUCGUGUUAUACCCCUCAACCUUCGUGUUCCAUUCUCCGUCGCUGGCAUCUGCAUUACCUACACUAUUGUCUUACUACAGCUUACUCUAUUUACUUAA